AUGAAGUUCGGCAAAACUUUUUUGACCCAUCAGAUCCCAGAAUGGUCUGGAUAUUACAUGAACUACAAGCACUUGAAGAAAGUGAUCAAGACAGUCGAUCAGUUUGCAAACUACCAUACUGCCGUUUCUCCGGAGCUCCCCGAGCUCAUUUCUGCUGUCUUGUCCCAGUUCUUCUAUGAGUUGGACCGUGACAUUGAAAAAGUGUCUGAUUUCUACGAUACGAAAUUCCACGAUUACCAAAGGAGAACAGACCGGGUGGUUCAUGCCUUGGGUUAUUCGAACGGAAAAGUCACGCAUGAGGUGGAUACCACAGACGAGCUAGAUGAGAUUGUAUCGAUUUUGCUUGAGCUCAGAGCCGUCUAUCGGAAUCUCAAGUGGUUUGGUGAGUUGAACCACAAGGGCUUUGUCAAGAUCUUGAAGAAGCUUGACAAGAAAUUGUUGUAUCUCACAGAGUUGGCCAAUGACCAGCUUCGUAGCAGUUCCGAGGAUGGUGCGGAAUUGCCGCAGGUUGAUUUGCCAAGGCACAACAAAGAGGCAUAUUUGGCCACAAGAGUCGAAGCUUUGCCUUUUGCCAACGGGCUGGAGCUUCAAGCGGGCUUGGAUACCAUCAAUGCAAUUUUGAACCAGCUUGGCGACCAGCAAUUGGAUCUCGAAUCUUCAGAAGCUACGGAAGCGGCUACGCGUGAUUUGAACGUGUUGAAGAUCGGCAAUAACCGCAAAUACUCUUUUGACAAGGAGUUUUUGGAGGAGUUCUACGAGUUGAUCCACGAAGAUAAUGCCUCAAAACUCAUGGCCAAAUUACAGACGUUGGAUCUGAGCACUCGGCUGUUGAAACUUUUGCUUUUAUUGUUGAACAAGGCCACUCUCGCCAAUUCCAUUGCCUGCGUGGACCUGUUGCUCGAGCAACUAUUGAAUAUGUCAGAAAAUGAGUCCCUGGCUUUUGCUGAUCCAUUGGAUAUCGCAGGACGCAAUUUCUUCCAUCAGUAUGUGGUGUCUUUGGGCAAAAAACAAGUCACAAAAGCACAAAAACUGGUUUUUCCGGGCGAGUCGGCAGAAUUAAGCAGACUUUACGGUAACAAGAGCGGUCCGGACGGGUCGCAGCUUACACCUGUGAGCAACGAAGGUUUGGCCCAUGUUUUGGAAAAAUUGGACCUGUAUCCUCAGCACCAGCACCUUCUUAUUGCUCGAGAUGGAUACAUGCGGACUCCCUUGCACUAUGCGGCUCAAUAUGGAAUUAAAGAUGUCACCAAGCUUAUUUUAGACUACUUGGUGCGCUGGAAGUUGGUGGACAUUGGAAAAUCCAUUGAUUCUGUAGAUGAAUGGGGAGACCAAGAAGGUCUCACGCCGUUACAUCUUGCGGUUAUUGGAAAACAUCCAAAAACGUUGCAAAACAUUCUUAAUGUUGUUGCCGUGAGUCUCACGUGUCCAGGCUUGCUUUUGCUUGCAGCUCGGUUAGGAACUGACGAGAUUGUGCGUUCUUUUAUUUCAGCCCGGUUAGUCGAUAUCAACUACUGUGAUGCCGAAGGAAAUUAUGAGACUUCGCUCUAUAUUGCAUCGAAGCUCCGUUUUGCACCCUUGGUGAAGUUUUUACUCGAUUCUGGCGCAGACACGGAGUUGGGCGAAAACGUCUUUGGGUGGACACCCAUUUUCAUUGCGUGUGCGGAAGGUUUCGGCGACAUUGUGGAGCUUCUCAAAGCUGGAGGUGCCACUUACAGCUUGGUGGAUAAUUCAGGCUGGUUGCCUAUGGAACAUGCGGCCUUGCGUGGCCAUUUGGACGUGGCUAAUCUGGUAAAGCCAGAUAACGAACGCUUGCUUCUUUACGACAUUGACAAUCCCGCUCGGAAUGUUCCACGGGUGGCCAAUCCUCUGUCUCAAGCUACAUCGCUUGCUGCAUCUCCAUUCUUGAACCCUACGGCUGAGGAUAUGCUUUUGCUGACUUCGUCUAUCGAAAAACUUCCUGAACCAAACAGAAAUGCUGUGAACGAAGUUUAUCGCCAGUUUAAACAAUUGGAUAAUGGUUCUUCUCUGUCAGUGAAUAUUGCGUCAACCAGUCCUCCAGAGGUGGCGAACAGAAACUUCCGCAGUCACCUGCGUUCUAGAUCUCCGGCUAACAGGCGGAAAAUGAAACCCAUUAAAUCCUUUGGCCAUAGGUUUUUGCAAAAGGACGAGCAGUUGAUUUUACUCACUUUGGGAACCACAGACUUGCGAGAUGAGCUGAACCCCAUCGACUUGAAUCGCAUUUCGUUGUCGCAAACCUUCUUCACAGAGUUGGAUACAGCGCUUUCUUUGGUGAUUACCUGCUGCGACAAACUGACCAAAAACGUCAUUGAGGCGCCAGUGGUUAUUGAUUUGCCUUUGGAGGAUCAACAUGGGAGCGCCACCGAUCCAAUUUCUUUCAAGUUGACUGGUGGUGUUGACUCGACAAAUGUUUACAUCACCUUUGAUAUUGUGCCCACAUACCAAUAUCCGGCAGUGAGUGUGGCAAAACGGAAAUCUCGUGUGUUGGGCAGAGGAGUAGCCAUGUUGGAAUCGGCAUACACAAAUGUGGGAAGCCACUUGAGAUCGUUGCACAAUUCAAUCACCGUGCCCAUUGUUCAACAAGAAUCACUCGAUUUGUUGGGAACUUUGAAGUUUGAGUAUUUGUGUGUGACUCCGUUUAAACAUAAGCAAAUGUCCAUUACUCGUUCGGAUACAUAUUGGAAACAAUUGGUGUCCACGCGAGUCAUUGGCCAUCGUGGUUUGGGAAAGAACUUCAACAAUAGAAAAUCCUUGCAGUUGGGCGAGAAUACUGUUGAGUCUUUUAUUGCUGCUGCGUCCCUUGGAGCUUCGUAUGUGGAGUUUGAUGUGCAAAUGACAAAGGAUUAUGUCCCUGUUGUUUAUCACGAUUUCCUUGUUGCUGAAUCUGGCGUGGAUAUCCCAAUGCACUUAUUGACUGCAGAGCAGUUCUUGGGUCUCGGAAACCAGAACUCCUCACCUGGAAACGGCAAGAUUUUCCACUACGAUAAAGUCAACCAAAACGGGAACGUCACGAGAAAUUUUGCCUUUGACGAUGAGCUCUUGGGUAAAUACAAUAGACCCCGGCUGAUGCUGUCGUAUCCAUCGGAACAGAAUCAGAAAUUGACUGUUGAAGAUGAUUUGGACAGAGAAUUCCAGGACCAGAUUACGCGCAGAAUGAAGCUCACCAAGACUUGGAAAGAGAAAGGUUUCAAGGGAAACUCUCGUGGUCUGUCGAUUGCGUCCGAUUUUGUCACGUUGAAAGAGCUCUUCAAAAGAUUACCAAAAAAUGUUGGAUUCAACAUCGAGCUCAAAUAUCCCAUGUUGGAUGAAGCUGAGCAUGAAAGCAUGGGUGAGGUUGCAUUUGACAUGAAUUUUUACGUGGACACCAUCCUUAAGGUCAUCUAUGACGAGAACACUACGGGACGUGAUAUUUUGUUCUCAUCAUUCCAUCCUGAUAUUUGCUUGUUGUUGUCCUUGAAACAACCCACGAUCCCAAUUUUGUUCUUGACUGAAGCCGGAACGCAGUUCAUGGCCGAUAUCAGAGCUUCGUCUUUGCAGAAUGCCAUUCGUUUUGCAAAAAAGUGGAACUUGUUGGGCAUUGUCAGUGCAGCGAAAACGUUGGUUACGACUCCUCGUUUGGCUCAAGUAGUGAAAAGUUCUGGUCUCGUUUGUGUUACCUAUGGUGUUGAGAACAACUCGCCGGAAUUGUGCAAAAUUCAAAUGAAGGCUGGCGUGGAUGCCGUGAUUGCCGAUUCAGUUUUAGCGGUGAGAGAAGGCAUGAGAAAGGAUGAUGGAGAUGCAGAACUAAAAGUUUGA